AUGUAUCGAAUUAUAUUCUUCAUUAUUUCAUUGUUAUUGCUAUUGGUUGCUUCUUUACUAGUUUGUGAUGUAAAAUGGAUUGGUCCUACUUUGAAAAAAGACAACACUAAUUAUACAAUAAAUAAUAAACAAACUAAGAACAUUAUUUUAACCAUUUUCAAAAAAAAAAAAAAAAAUAUUUACUCAUAUAGCUAUUUUGGCAAUUUAGCUAGCUGCCGAAUUAAAAGUCAUAAUAAAAAGGUGCACACAUUUGGUGCAAUUUUUUACAAAAUUUUUGAAUUUAUUUAUUCAAUAAUCAAAAAAGGAAAUAAAAUAAUAGACAAGUUCGGACGGAGUAAUUGUUAUGCUACAUAUUUCUCAAAAGGGAAUAUAUUUAUAAAUGAAAUAAAAAGAAAGACAAAAAUUAUGAAUGGAAUAAAAAGAAAGACAAGAGUUAUGAAUGAUUUGGUGUAUGGUGAUGAUGAAAAUAAUGACAUAAUUAAUCUACGAAAUUUCAAAAAUAAUACAAAUCAAUAUUUUACAUGUUUUUUAGAUAAAGCAAAAGAAAAUACAAAUGCUCUUAACGAAAUUGAUAAAUGGGUAGAUCCUAAAACCCAAUCAUGUUAUUGUCAUGAAGAACAUGCAGAGCCAUGUUCUUUGGCUGAUAUAUCUGAACUUAAUCCGUUAUAUUUAUAUAUGAAUAAUGAAAUGUGUAAUGCUAGAAAUAAUAAUAAUAAAAAUAGUGAAAUAUUUAUUGCACUAGCUGAAUAUAAUAUAAUAAAAUGUAAACAUGCGGAAAAUAAAAACCGGAACGUACCAAAAAAUAAAAACAACGAUAACAAUGUUUAUCAACAUGAUCCAAAUGAUAAGUUAGACAAUGAAGAAAUGUAUAAUUAUUGUAAGUAUGGAUUAAAAAUAUGGAAUGAUAAAAAUCUAUAUAACUAUAAUAACUGUAGUACAGUAAAAAGUUUAGACGAAAAAAAUAAAGACAUAUGUAUUGAAAAGUGUAGAGAUAUACAAACCCGAUGUAGUGAUAAAAAUAUAUAUUUCUAUUCAUUCGAUAUAUGUAAGAAAUAUUAUGAAAUUGGGUCAUAUACAAGAGAUAUUUAUAUUAAUGUUUUUAAAUACUUUGAUGAUAAUUGUACUUAUUUUGAUCCAAAUAAUCAUGGUAUUGUUUUAUGUAAACAUUCAAAAAUAAAAUGUAAUUUUAGUGUUUGGUCUGAAUGGUCAGAAUGCACUAAAUCCUGUUUAAAAAAUGAAUUUGACACGGACCCAAUACAAAAAAGAACCCGAUUUUUAAAUAAAGAUAUGCAAUAUGCUUCUAAAGCAUGUAGUGUAUAUAUGAGUGAUGAUAAUAAUACGAUGGAGGUUCAAGUAUGUGCAGACUUACCUUAUUGUAACGAUCCAAAUGAUUCAAAUAAAGAAGCAACAUCUAAAAUAAAGAAAGGUAGAUAUCCAGAUGAAGAAAGAUUAUUACCAUUUGUAAUUUCACUAGAUGAAAUAAAUAAAGCAAAUGCUAUAAAAGAACUAAAUAAUAAUGAUACCGAUUUAAUGAAUGAAAAUUUUGUUAUUAACAAGUCAGAAAUAUUAGCCAAUUGUGUAAUAACAGAUAUGAAACAAUAUGAUAAUUAUAUUAAAUAUAAUGAAAAAAAUAGAUCUUGUUCAUGUCCUAAUAAUGAACCAACUUGCUACUUUAAAGAUAUAUAUAACUCAUCUACAUGGAAAAAACAAUUUGAAAAAUUAUGUAAAAAAAAUAAAAAUAUAAAUGUUGUAACUGCUGAUUUUAUUCUUAUUAAUUGCAACAUGUUAAUUAGUUUAAAAAAAAAUGAAAUUUCUAUUAAUACAUAUUUAGCUAUGACUUUUGAUUGCCGUUCACCUUUAUUCCAAUACUUGUUUUGCUCUAAAACAUCAGAUCAUAACGAAAGAAAUUUUAUAUACAUGAUUGUUACUAUUAUGUUGGGUUCGAUUUCAGCAAUAUAUGUUGUUUAUUUAAUUUUUAAAGAAAUUACAAAAUAUAAAAAUAUGUUUUUUCAAUUUAGCGAAAAAAAUAAACUUCAACAGGACAAAAAAGAUGUACAAAGUGAAAUGACAUCAGAAGAAGAUACAGUUACAGAUAGCUUAAAGAGCGACUAG